GCCAAACACCAGCAAAACACGCCGCUUCGGACUUCAUAUUUGGCUUCCUCGACUGCUGUGCCAACAAUCGCUGGACAAUUCGUCUCUCUGCAUCGCUCGUUUCCUAGUCUAGAAAGUGCAAUUGAAAGUCCUCCUAUCCCUCAAAUAUCUACAAUGGCUGUCGAACCCUCCCCCGCAACUUCUCCCAUUCCCAUUGAGGAGCUUCAGAAGAUCGCCUCCGAGGCCUGCACCACCGCAUUGAAGGACGCGGAGGGAUACGAGCACUCCAAAGUUGGAGAAUGGAACUCUCAGAUCAUUAAUACCAUCCUCAAGGCCCUCAUUUCCGCUACUGCCCCUUCUGAAUCCUCGACAGCUCCCCCGUACCGAUUCACCGUGAACAGCACCAUUGUGCAGCAAGGCCUGAUUGACAAGUCCGCCGCCGCGGACGGUGCAGUCAACAACGCAGGCAAGCGUGGCAUGCACUCCGCCUCCGGGGCCUUCUGGGACGUCAACCGGGAUGGAAUGUGGACAUUCAAGUUCCCCGGGGCCGAGGAGAAGGGACUGGACAUUGUCGUCAGCGUGACAUGGUUCGCCUUGGGUUGAAUUAGAUGAUUUAAAAGAAAACCUCGCAUUUUUAAUUACUUUUUUUCAUUUUUCAUUUUUCACAUUUUUUUGUCGGCAUGUUGAGACCC